AAACAAAAAACCGAAAAAAGAACCCUCCAUUUCUCUCCAUCACAAAUCCUACACAUAUAAAUUCACUAUACAAGCACGCACACACACUCUUGCGUUUAUUAAUCUAGUUUGAAUUUACAACUGUUGUCUGUGAGAUGCGCCAUAGCUAUGCAGAAGCUGCUGUGCAGAAGCCCUUCCUCUUCUGGCCACUUCAUAAUCUCCAUUAACACGCCCUUCUCACUUCCCUUCUCGAGCCCCACCUUUCCCCCUCUGGAUUUUAGCGGCGGGGCCUCCAGAAUUAUCCAGAGGAUGUCUUACUCCUCCUCCGCCGCCGCCGCUCUCCGCUGUCCGCAUCCCCUACGCCUCCGGUCGGCGAACCCCCUUCCUAUGGACGCGCGUCAGGAGCUCAAGCUCAGGGAAACUCGGAGACCCUUUUACCGUGUCCGUCCCUGCAGCCACCCCGCAGGAGUCGGCGGUGGAAAGCUGCCGUUUAGGGCAUGGGUGGUCGUGAAGGAUAGAGGAGGCGGCGCCGUCGGUGGUGCCCACAGGGCUUGCUACGGGACGCAGGCGGGUAAUUUUGAUAAGGGCGACGGUGAAAUGUUGACUGCAAGUGAAGUUGAGGUCGACGGAGAAAAUGCGAAAGGGAAGGUGCAGAGGAGGCAGAGAAGUGGCUGCGGCGGUGUGGCGCCGCCGCCGGUGAUCGGGAGCCCGGAUUUGCUGACAAUACCAGGUGUGGGGCCCAGGAAUCUGAGGAAGCUGGUCGAGAAAGGGUUUGAGGGUGUGGCUCAGCUUAAACAGCUCUAUAAAGACAAAUUUUUCGGUAAAUCCAGCGAAAGAAUGGUGGAGUACUUGCAGAGCUCGGUAGGUAUCAUACACAAGAAUCAUGCUGAGAGUAUAACCACAUUUAUCAAGGAGAGUGUUGAUGAAGAACUGAAAGAGGACAAUCCAAGGCCGGCCCAAAAGAAACGAAUCACUCUGUGUGUUGAAGGAAAUAUUAGUGUUGGGAAGACUACUUUUCUGCAGAGGAUAGCUAAUGAGACGCUCGAACUUAGGGAUCUUGUGGAAGUCGUGCCCGAGCCGAUUGACAAGUGGCAGAAUAUUGGCCCCGACCACUUUAACAUAUUAGAUGCUUUUUACGCCGAGCCUGAGAGAUAUGCGUACACGUUCCAGAACUAUGUCUUUGUCACUAGAGUUAUGCAGGAAAGAGAGUCAUCUGGUGGGGUUAAGCCCCUCAGGCUGAUGGAGAGAAGUGUUUUCAGUGAUAGGAUGGUCUUUGUGAGAGCUGUUCACGAGGCAAAGUGGAUGAAUGAAAUGGAGAUCAGCAUAUACGAUUCGUGGUUUGACCCGGUUGUCUCGAGCUUGCCUGGUCUUAUUCCUGAUGGCUUUAUCUACCUCAGAGCAAGCCCCGACACUUGCCACAAGCGCAUGAUGUUGCGUAAGAGAGCUGAGGAGGGUGGGGUCUCUCUCGACUAUUUGCACGAUUUGCACGAAAAACACGAAAGCUGGCUUUUCCCUUUCCAGAGUGGAAAUCACGGGGUUCUAUCCGUGAGUAAGCUCUCCAAUAAUAUCGACUGGUCUUUGCAUCCCAAUAUAAAGGAUCGGGUUUUUUAUUUGGAUGGUGAUCAUAUGCACUCGAGCAUCCAAAAGGUUCCUGCUUUGGUUCUUGACUGUGAGCCGGAUAUUGAUUUCAACCGGGAUGUAGAUGCCAAGCGAGAGUAUGCUCGUCAAGUUGCCGAGUUCUUUGAAUUCGUGAAGAAAGAGAAGGAGGAAGUUGCUGCAAGUGAUGCUGGAGAAAAAGGUGCGAAGAGCAAUAAAGGUCAGGUUUUGCUCCCUCCCCAUGGGGAUUUGUGGUUGCCCGGUACACAGCCAUUCUCGGAUUCUGCUCUAAAGUCGCUCGAUUUUAGACGAGCCAUAUCGUCUUUCAUGCCACAGUAGUUUUUUAGGUCAUCUGCAUGUUUCUGGUUGACGUAUGUGUCCCAAGUGAUGCUUUUUUAUUUUCCUCAUGUAAAAAGGGUGUGUGACUUGUUACAUUUGUGUUUUCUUUAGUAAGUAUUGUUAAGGUUUGGUUUUUUAGGUUGUGGAUUGUAGUUUGCUGUUUAGUGACACCUUUAGUUUGUGUGGGAAUUUGUUCUAUUACAAAAUUCUGAAUUUCUUAGCUC